AUGCCAGACGAGUUCCCGACACGAUCAGAUUCUCCCUCUCUCUAUACCCCUUCUAUAGGGACAGACCUCGACCAAUCCUUCGUACUCCGAGAACCACGCUUUGCGAAUCCUAGCGUUGCCUCGAGGCAUUGGUACAAUCGAUACGUUGCCUGGCAAAGCCGUGACAAAGUCCAAAGACGUGAAGCUGCCAAGAUUGAGGCUGAGCAGAUCAAAGUAUUUGGAGGUUAUCCGGGUGACGAUGUCGGACUCUGCUACAGAAUGAUGGAAGUUUUUGAAGGCAUGAAUUGGAUCGACACGCUGGACUAG